AAAUAACUGAUCGACAGGUGUAGUUGUGAACAAGAAUAUUUGAAGAUUUAAGUAAUUGCCCUGGUAUAAUAAGUAGUGUUAUGUUUUCCUACAACAUUCUGUUCCCAAAGAACAAAACACUCCGUGAUGACUUCAUCAGACAGCAGACAAAAAUGGACGAGUAUGCUGACCAAGCAGUAUAUGGAAUAAAUACCGUAGUAUCAGAAUUACGAAAACAAUACCGUUCAAUAAACAGAGACACUAUUAAAAAGAUCAGCCUGACAAAAGAUAGAGAUGUGUCAGAAAAAUUUGAUUUUGUAAUGCUGAAGCGAGGACAAUUAAUAAAGUUACUGCAAGAAAAAAACAUAAAAGGAAUUGAUAUUGAAUCAUGUGAUAUGAAAAUAUGUCAGAAAUAUCAGGCAUUUGAUUUAAAAUACUCAAAUCGUUGGAACAUGGUAAGCAACACCGUCUUGGUUGCAGAUACAACCAUAGUUGCAGCUGGUGCUCGUUAUCUUAUAAACCAUUUGCAAUCCAAUUCAUCACCUGUUCAGCCACGUUACCUUGCGAUAGGCGCCGCCGUAUUUUGUGCUAUCGAUUUUGUCAUAUCAGGCGUAUUUGGAGCAGUAGAAAAGAUAGAACUUGAAGAUAACACAGCAAAAUUGAAAAAGAUUAAUCCUGAUAUUAGAGUAAAAUGUAAUACUAUACGUGAUUAUAUGAUAUUGGAGGCUGCAAAAAUAAAAAUUAAAAAAGACGAUGAUCUCGCAAGCGCAUUAGAUAAUAAAGGGACAUAAUUUAAGAACUGUUAAAGUGAUGCUUCCAAAAUUUGAACUGACACUGAGUUAAGUGGUAAUAAGCAUUGUUUAUACGCAUUUCAUUUAAUUUAGUGGAGACAAACUUUUAAGAUGGAGGUCGGAAACAAAACAUCAUAUAAGAUUAAAAAGGGACAAAACUCAGGAACAUUAAUCAGAGUGCUUUAAAAUGUAAGCACCGAUGGGUAGAGAUUGUUUGAAUUUUUUCAGUGAGUAUUGCAUUGUAUAAAGCAUUGUAGUUGAUAUAAUUGUUAAAAGUUUGUUUUUUUUAAA